CUCUCUCUCUCUAAACAGUCUUCUGCUCCUUUGAGAACACUCUCCUCGCGAUAAAGCAAAAGAGAACGAGAAACAUCAGUUUCUCUGUCUCUCUCUCUCUAAAAUUCACUGUAACUAUCAUCAUGAAACCUCUUUCCACUUCCCCAUUAAAACCCCGGCCUCUGCAAACUACACUCCCAUUCUCACCAUGAAACCCACCUGCAAAACCCUCCUUCCUCUCUCUCUCCUCCUCUUUUCACUCCUCCCAGCUCUUUCUCUCUCAUGGAGACCCACCGUUCCUCUCCAACUCCUCUCUCUCCUCGCCAUCAAAUACUCUAUCUACGAUCCCUCUCUCUCUCUAAACGACUGGCAGUACCGCCAUGGCUAUCCAAUACCUCCCUUCUGCACCUGGUCCUCCGUUUCCUGCAAACCAAACACCACCCAUAUCAUCUCUCUAGACCUCUCUCACAAGAACCUCUCUGGUUUUCUCUCUCCUCAAAUUCGCUUCCUAACCCAACUUCAAUACCUCAACCUAAGCAACAAUGGUUUUCAAGGACCAUUCCCAACUUCCAUUUUCUCUCUCUUAAACCUUACAGCCAUCGAUAUAAGCCAUAACAGCUUCAACUCCACGUUCCCUCUGGGCAUCAGAGCCUUAGAAAAACUGACCCAUUUCAAUGCUUUUAGCAAUAACUUCACAGGGACAUUGCCAUAUGAUUUACCCCAUCUUCUCUCUCUAGAAUUCCUCAACUUUGGUGGGAGCUUCUUUGAAGGCAGUAUCCCGGCGAGUUUCGGUCUUUUUCCGGCCAUCAAGCACCUGAAUUUGGCCGGGAAUUUGUUAACAGAUGAAAUUCCAUUAGAGCUUGGAAACCUCACUCUUCUUGAGCGUUUGGAAAUUGGGUACAAUAACUUCAUUGGAGGAAUACCGGCUAAGUUUGGAAAGUUGCAGGAGCUCAAAUACUUGGACAUGGCGUCCUGUAAUUUAUCUGGUGUGUUGCCACCUGAAAUUGGAAACUUGGGUGAUAUGGAAUCUCUCUUUCUGUUUAAAAACCACUUUAUUGGGGAGAUUCCGGCUAGUUUCUCCAACUUAACGUCUCUUCUCUCUCUAGAUCUCUCUGAUAACCAACUUUCAGGUGAGAUUCCAGUUGGGUUUUCUGAGCUUAAAAAUCUCACCAUGUUGAGCUUGUUGAAGAACAAGCUCAGUGGUCAAAUACCUCAAGGAAUUGAAGAGCUUCCAAAUUUGGAAACUCUUCUUCUAUGGAACAAUUCAUUUAAUGGAAGUUUGCCCUCUCGAUUAGGCCUGAAUUCGAAUCUUCAAGUUCUCGAUGUCUCUUCGAAUAUGCUUUCGGGGCCUUUACCCGAGUCAUUAUGCCAUGGAAACAAGCUUUGGAAGCUCAUUCUCUUCUCUAAUGCCUUCUCCUCUGAGAUACCGAAGAGCCUCACAGAAUGUGUUUCUCUGUGGAGGUUUAGAGUGGCCGGAAAUCGAUUUUCUGGCGAGAUUCCGGCUGGCUUUGGUUCAAUGAGAAACCUCACUUACAUGGAUUUGAGUUGUAACAAUCUCAGUGGAAAAAUACCAGAUGAUUUAAGCUCUGCUCAACGCCUGCAAUUCUUGAACAUUUCAGGUAAUCAAUUCAAUGGAAACUUGCCAGAGAGUUUGUGGGGUGGUCCAAAUUUGCAGAUUUUCUCAGCUAGUUUCAGUGGACUUAAAGGUAAGAUCCCUUCUUUCUCUCAUGGCUGCAAGUCUCUGUAUAAACUCGAGCUCAAUGGGAACGCAUUCUCAGGUUUGAUUCCCUCUGACAUCAACCAUUGCCAAAAGCUUUUGAACCUGAGACUGAAUCGAAACCAAUUGAGUGGAUCGAUCCCUCGAGAAAUAGCUGAGAUUCCUGUGAUCUCAGAGAUCGAUCUCUCUGAAAAUUCUUUAACUGGUUUGAUACCAGAUAGCUUCGACAAUGUGAGGACUCUCGAGAGCUUCAAUGUCUCAUUUAAUCAGCUAUCUGGUCCGGUUCCAUGCUCGGGCUCGAUAUUUCGAAGCCUUCAUCCUGCUUCUUUCCUAGGAAAUGAGAACCUUUGUGGACUUAUUGUGAACAGACCAUGCCUAAACACUGGAAAUUUGAAUUCAAAUUUGCCUGAAAAUGUGAUCUCAAGAGAACCCAAAAGAGCAGGAGUUCUGGUUUGGAUAAUGGGUGCUGUCUUUUUAGCUGGGAUCUUUGUUCUAAUAGUGGGCAGUCGAUGUUUCAUCAAGAAUUACCAGAUUUUGAUCUCAGGAAGCAGAAGUUACAGAGAGGAAUUAAUAGAGGGGCCAUGGAAAAUGACCGCCUUUCAAAGACUGAAUUUCACAGUCGAAACGGUGAUCGAUUGCUUAAAGAACAGCGACAAUAUCAUAGGAAUGGGAUCAGCUGGUACAGUCUACAAGGCCCAAUUACCAGGAGGAGAAACAAUUGCAGUGAAAAAAUUAUGGGGAAAUCAAAAAGAAACCAUAAAGAGAAGAAGAGGAGGAUCUUUAAGAGGAGCUUUGAUAGAGGUCGAAUUGUUAGGGCAUGUGAGGCAUCGGAACAUUGUUCGAUUGCUCGGCUUUUGCAGUAACAAUGACAUUACCCUUUUGUUAUAUGAAUACAUGCCAAAUGGGAGCUUAGAUGAAUUACUCCACGGAAACAAAGAGGCCAAUUUGUUAGCUGAUUGGUUCACUAGAUACAACAUAGCAGUUGGGGUGGCUCAAGGGAUAUGUUAUCUUCACCAUGAUUGUCACCCUGUUAUUGUUCACAGAGAUUUAAAGCCCGGUAAUAUUCUUUUGGACGCCGAAAUGGAGGCGAGGGUCGCUGAUUUCGGGGUGGCGAAGCUGAUACAGGGUGAUGAGUCGAUGUCCGCCAUUGCGGGGUCGUAUGGGUACAUUGCUCCUGAGUACGCUUACACCCUGCAAGUCGACGAGAAAAGCGAUAUAUACAGCUUUGGUGUGGUUUUGAUGGAGAUUCUCAGUGGGCGGAGGUCCGUCGAAUCAGAGUUUGGAGAUGGUAACAGCAUAGUAGAUUGGGUGAGAAGCAAGAUCAAGACCAAAGAGGGGGUUUCAGAGGUCUUGGACAAGAAUGUAGGGGCUUCAUGUGGACCUGUGAGAGAGGAGAUGAUGCUUGUUCUGAGAGUGGCUCUUCUGUGCACCGCCCGUUGUCCGAAUAACCGGCCCUCAAUGAGAGAUGUUGUUUCCAUGUUACAAGAGGCGAAACCCAAGAGGAAGUUGCAGAGUGGUGGUAAUGGCAAUGGUGGUGGUGGAAAUGGGAGCCCUUUGCCGAAAUCAGCUGAUUAAUUGGUGGUGAAAUGGUUGAGGGAUUGGAGGGGUUUUAGAAACUUUUCCAACUAUCUAUAUACACUUUUCUCACUGUGUUUCCUCUCUUGCUUUCCCCUUCCCUUCCCUUCCCUUCCUUUCCUUGGUCUCUCUGUUUUCAGUGUGUUUCCUCUCUCUCUCUCUUUCUUCUCUUGACAGUAUUCUUCUCCCUCUCUCCUAAUUUUACUUAUCUCUAUAGUGUUUCUUCUCUCCCUCCCUCCCCCCCUUUUGGUCACCUUCUCUCUCUCUCUCUUAUGUACAGUGUUAUCUCUCUGUUUUCUAGAGCUCUCUCUCUCUCUCUAGGCUUUUUUGCCCUCUAUACAAGAUUGGUUGCAUCAACAUCCUUUUAUAACAUAGUAUGUGGUUCUUCUAAUUAAGAUGGUUAUUGGUUGGAUAGACAUUUGAGAGUUGCAGGUGUCAAUGGAGAGUUGUGAUUGGUACAUCAAUGGAUAAAUUUCUUUUUCCUUUUAUUUCA